CAUCACUUUGUGAUCAUGAAGCUGGUAGCCACUGUCUUCAUACUGGCUCUAGCCUCUUUUUGCCAAGCUCUGGAGAACGGGCUCAUGAGAACACCCCCAAUGGGUUGGCUGGCAUGGGAGCGAUUUCGUUGUAAUAUUGACUGCAAGAAUGAUCCUCAGAACUGUAUCAGUGAGAGGCUGUUCGUGGAAAUGGCAAACUGCCUGGUGACCGAUGGCUGGAAGGAUUUGGGCUAUGUGUAUGUGAACAUAGAUGACUGCUGGAUGGCAAAGGAGCGGGAUGCCAAAGGACAACUGGUUCCGGAUCCUGAGAGGUUCCCUAGUGGGAUCAAAGCCUUAGCGGAUUAUGUGCACUCACUGGGGCUGAAGCUCGGCAUUUAUGGUGACCUUGGUACCCACACCUGUGGUGGGUACCCUGGCACCACGUUGGAUCGGAUUGAACAGGAUGCUUUGACAUUUGCAGAAUGGGGAGUGGACAUGCUGAAGCUAGAUGGCUGCUACUCAUCAGCAACCGACCAGGCUAAGGGUUAUCCUCGAAUGACCAGGGCUCUGAAUGCAACAGGCCGCCUUAUUGCCUAUUCCUGUAGUUGGCCAGCAUAUCGAGGGGGGCUUCCACCACAGGUAAACUACACCCUCCUGACCAAUAUCUGUAAUCUCUGGCGAAACUAUGGUGACAUUCAAGACUCUUGGGACAGUGUCCUCUCCAUCGUGGAUUGGUUUUCAAAGCAUCAGGAUGUGCUCCAGCCACAGGCUGGCCCCGGCCACUGGAACGAUCCAGACAUGCUAAUCAUUGGAAACUUUGGUCUCAGUGAGGAACAGUCCCGGUCCCAGAUGGCCUUAUGGACUAUCCUUGCUGCCCCUCUGUUCCUAUCCACAGACCUCCGCUCAAUUUCUCAAAGUUCCCGGGAGAUUCUGCAGAACAAACUGAUGAUCAAAAUCAACCAGGAUCCCCUGGGAAUCCAAGGACGCAGAAUCCUUCAGGAGAAAUCUCGGAUAGAAGUGUUCCUGAGGCCACUCUCCCACUCAGCCAGCGCUCUGGUGUUCUUCAGCCGGAGGACGGACAUGCCAUAUCACUACACCACCUCCCUCGCCCACCUCAAUUACACACAUAAUGCCAUCUAUGAGGUGCAAGAUGUCUAUACUGGUGACAUAAUCAGUGGGUUGAAGAUUGCUGACAACUUCACGGUGGUCAUUAACCCCUCUGGGGUAGUAAUGUGGUACCUCUACCCAAUAAUGUACCUAGACCAGCCUUUCAGCUCUGUAAACCAGCUUUAUAAAUCUAAAACCAAGAAGUUCCAUCCUUUCCCACUGUGA